CCGGAUGUGCCCUGUAAUCGUCAUGGCGGCCGGCGGGCGGGUCCUGCUCGUGUCCCUGCUGCUGCUCCUGAGCGGGCCGGGGCUUGCGCGGGGCUGGGACCAGCCGGGGAGAGUUUUGUUGCGGGAGGUCCAAGCUCUCACUUUCUACAGAGAUCAAUAUACUACUUCUCGGCGGACAUCUCCAAUUCCCCAGUUACAAUGUACUGGAGGUACAGCUGGAUGUGCGUAUGUUCCCAUGGUUGUUCAGUGUCAUAACAAAGGCUGGGAUGGCUUUGACAUACAGUGGGAGUGUAAGGCAGACUUGGAAAACUCCUAUCGCUUUGGAAGAAUCGAAGUGAGCUGUGAAGGCUAUGAUUAUCCAGAUGACCCUUACAUCUUAAGGGGAUCUUGUGGUUUGCAGUAUGGGUUAGAGUUAACUGAGGAAGGCCAAAGAAAAGCGGACAACUUUGGUGGAAGCUUUGGCUCCAGCUAUUACCAAUCAAGUAAAGUGAAUUCUCAGGAUUCCUCUAACUCUGUUGCUGGAGUGAUUGUCGUAAUAGUACUUCUACUCCUUGCUUAUGGAUGUUACAAGCUAUUCCUCAGUAAUCAGCUGCCUCAACAGGAUUUCUCUAAUGGUGAUGGAUACGCUAGGACAUCUUGGCAGAAUACUCAGACACCACCUCCUCCUGGUUUUAAAUCCAGCUUCACAGGAGCUGGUGGUUUUGGUGGCAGUUCCAGUUCUGAGGCCAAUUUAGGACGAGGGUUUUGGACUGGACUCGGAACAGGAGGCCUACUAGGAUACUUGGCUGGUAGUCAGAGGGCACAACCACAUUCCUCAUAUUUUCCUUAUGUCAAUCCAUACGCCGGUCCUACCACUCCUCCUCCUCCAGGCAGAAAUUCAAGUGGCUUUACGGGGCCUCAUCCCUCAGGGACAAGAACUGCUUCUGGCUUUGGAAGCACAAAAAGGAGAUGAUGUUCUUAGUUUCCUGGCACGGUUGCAGUUAAAUACACUCUUCCUCCCUGCAUUUUAGUGCCUUCUUUUUAAAAUAUGGAGCUUCAGUUUUAAAAACUAUUGAAAUCCUUCUCCAGAGGACUUAUAGGCUGCGCGUUGAGUUAGUUUGUUUAUAAGAUGUUCCUUGGGUUUAGAUGUUGUAGAUGUUAUGCUUUGGAUUUUUGUUUUGAAAAGAAAAUGGAGAUAAGAUCAGUGAGCAGAUACUGCUCUUGGUGGGAAGAACAGUUUUUUUGAUGUGUUCAAAUUAAAGUCUGUAUGACUGCGUGGAGAGGAAUGAAUGAAUAAAUAUAGGCAAUGAGUUUUUCAUAGCCUUAACAGAGAGGUUGGAUACUACCAUCUUGUUUAGAGAUUUAGCAGGUAUCAAAACAUACCCUAUUUUCCUAUAAUAAAAACAAAGUCCUCCAAGUUUACAAAGGGAUAUCUUACCAACCUUUACUAUUUUAGCUAUCUGGCAAUGGUAACUGUCCCAGUCUUCCAAAAUAACUAGCUUACCAUGCCCUGGGAGCCAGUUCUUUUCAACCAGGGUUUCUCAGUCUUUGUGCUGAAGCAUUUGCAAGCCAGUGAGGAUGCUGGGACGCUAGCAAACUUGGUAAUAAACACUCAAGCCCAGCUUCCCAAAAGAUAUUAUUGAAAUCAAUGGAAGAGAAAGGAGCCUAAAUAUCUUUGAGGAUCUGGACCUCAGUACAUAAUGAAGCCUGGCAUGUAAGGAAUUGUUCACUUCAGUGCUGUUUUCUGAAGAUCCGUUUGGUCUUUCUUUCACUUAUAGAAUUGAUGUGUGUUACAGUAACAGUGAAUUCAGUUAAUCAUAUAUGCAGGCAUUGUCCAUAAUUGUAAGAGUGCAAAAAAAGAAUAGUGUUCUGAUGUUCAGGACUUCUUCUGCCUUUGUCCCACAUGUAAUGGGGAUCUUGGCAUCAACGUUGAGGCCUGAAGGUUGCAUAUUUGAAGAUUUCCUUGCUUUAUCAUUCAUCCUUGAAAUGACAUGACUUAUGUGCGUUAGUAGGUAUUUGGUUUUUUAAAUAUAUAUCCACUGGUUCAUGUAACAUUGGGUGACUUAGCCUAGAUAAGAAGCCACUGGCCAUUGCCUUUAACUCCAAAUCUCGUCAGAACAGAUUGAUGUGGUGUUAAGUGCUUAUGGCCAUAUUUGUCUUGUCUAUAGUAGGGCUCCAGAUGUUUCAACCAUGGAUGUUAGCUAUGGUGGAAAGCUCUUACCAGAAAAAUCCUUAGUGCAGACACAGCUUAUGCCUCAGCCACCACCCUUCCUUUAGGGAGAAGUGGCCAGGACUCAAUUGGUUGGGCGUGAUCACUGUAAUUUGACAAAGAGCAUUGCUGCCCUUACUCAAAAACUAAAAUGUCUUCCUCCAGAGCACAGCAGACCUCGAGACUGAGCCCAGAACGUGAAUCCAGGUCUCCUAGGAUAUGUCUACAUUGCAGCUUGGAGGCGUGGUUCCUAGCACGAGUAGAUAGCUUGAGCCGAGUUAGUGAGAGUCUAGCACACUAAAAAUAGCAGUGUAGAUGUUGCAGUGCAGGUGGUAGCUCAGGCUACCUGCCCAAGCUCAGAUCCAGGGGUCAGGUGGGCUUGGACUAGGGCAACCAGCCAAUGCUCUAACAGCCACACUGAUAUUUUUAGUGCACCAGCUUGAGUGCUAAAAUCACACCUUCAAGCUGCAGUUUAGGCAUACCCCUACAAGGCUGUGUCUGAGCCAGCUCUGCCGAUUUUGUUUUUAAAGAUGUUGUAGCCUUUUUCUGUAACACGGACUCUGUGGCCCUUUGGCAUUGCUUUCUGAUGUUAUUUUGGAACCACCAAUGAUGGGCUCUGUGGGAGCUUCCCCUACCUUCUUCACAUCAUGAUCUGGGAAGGGAAGAGGAGCUGCUUUAAAAAGCAAAGCAACAGGAUCCUCUAAGGACCACUGGAGGUAUGAAGAGAAUAAUAUGACACUGAGGCCAGGUAUGCAGUAGAAACUCUGGAUGGUAUAGUAAUGGCAGUUUGAGUGGUAAUUUUUUUAGCGACAUUUCAGUACCAGCAAAAGCCCUAAUGUAAACCUGGCCUCAGUGCUAGUAGGCGCAAAAAGAAAAAUGUAACCACAACUAUUAUUAAGCACAAAUACAAUUUGUUUAAGACUAUUUUGCCUGAGUUUGGGGCUUGUUUCAUGCAAGAAGACUACAUUUAUAAGAAUCCUGUUAACCAAGAAACUAUUCAGAAUGAGGAACUGCCACUAAAAAUAGUCUGCAAAAAAAA